CUCCCUCCUCAGCACAUACGUUAUAACGAGCUGCGUACAUACAUUCAUGACCAUGUGCGGUUCACACAUGGCUGCACACUGACUGACAUGCCGGCCGUCAUAUACGUCGUGGUUUACUCUGCGGGGCCUCUGCUGCGCCCGAUGAAAGACAUCGGAGGCCUCGGAAUCAUGAUUUUUAUUUUUUUUUUUUGUAUAAUUCGGAGGCGAGUGCGGUCGCACGGUGCCUGAGACGGUACUUUGUUGCGUACACGAUGUCUGUAACGCUGAGAAACGUCGGCGUAAGCAACAAUUACCCUAAUUGAACAUUCCAGAGCAGCCCUUGCAAAAUGGCUGCCGAGCCGGCACGCUGUCUGUGAUGGCCGACAAGAGUGUGUAGGUCUAAGGUGUGUGCGUGUAUAGCUGCACUUGUCUAUGUGUGUGUGUAUAUGUUUGUUUGCGCUAACUCCAUGUGAGAGUAAUCCUGCCUUUGCUUUUUACUGACGGCUUUGUGUCAGGGGAAGUCUCCGCUCACCGGAGAUCUCUGCUAAUCCAUAAUUACCCACCUGAAUAUACCUCGAGUGUAGGAGCCAUUAUGUCAAACCGCCGUACUGUAACAGUUGAUGAUUGUGUUUCCUGGAACCUGUAAAAAGAUCCUUUUAGCUUUUUGAAAAUAAAACUCGAUUCUCCGCUUUAAAUAGCGACGAUGCUGAGAGUCGCCCUUUCGGCUUCACGUCCACCGUCUCCAGAACGUCGUCAUUUUCACAGACCAGCAUCAACGUGCUGAAUGUGUGUUACCAAAGAGCUGACCUUGUUGUUUCUUUACAGCUCUCCACCUCGCCAGCCCAGCACCCAGCCGGCCGCCCAGCCAGCUAUCUACCCGUGGCCCGGCCCAGAACUGGCAACCUGCAGUCAUCAGGGUUAGUGCGCCUUUGGCACGCCUCCGUGCCAAAAUCAUCCGCAAGAAUCAGGCAGGAACUUGUCAAUUUAAAGAUCUGCACUUAAACCAAUGGCCAGACUAUCAAAUGAUAUACUUACAUUAGGGAAAGAGUGAGAGAGAAGGGGGGGGGGGGCGAUCUCGAGUCGUCCAUAAAACACUACUCCUGGUCCUGGUUUAUAACACGCAAUAGAACAAGUUAAGAGACAUGCAGAGGUUUAUAUUGUAGCACAGAAAGCAAGGUUUCAUUCACUGUAAUCUUAUAGCAGAUAUCGAGUGACUUUGUUUGAAUUAUGGAUAUUUCUUUAUGCUUUGACACAAAGAGAGCAAUGACUCCUCUAAGGUCACUUGUCCAAAAUAAUAUCUUUCAGAGGUGGAGACUCUCAGCCUCACACACACACUUUAGCACCGAGAUAAGCAGCAUUCUCUCAUUUACAUACCCACUUUUUCUCCCAUUCACAUUAGACUACACACACACACACACACACACACACACAGAUUAUAAGCAUCACUGGAUUAAGUUAAAGCUGUGCCGUUUUGCUAAUAAUUCAAAUACUGCAAGUACUAGCAUUUUUCUGCAGUUCAUCAGGGAGACGCUGUAAAAAGACAAAGCUGAACUAAAUGACUACCAGCGCUCAGGCCUUAUCUCAACUGUGUGGGCGGGCGGCUUGUGUGCUCAUGUGAGAGAGAGAGAGAGUGUGUGUGUGUGUGUGUGUGUGUGUAUGCGAAGCUUGAAUGUGACAGCCGAGGGUCGGGCUUACACAUUAAACUCUCUGCCGCUGUUUCUAAUGCGUUUGCCAAGCAGUAGCGUGGUCACACCGCUCAGUCGAAAUGCCGGAGAGACGCAGCAGAGGGCAGACGACGAUGAGGGAAUUUACCGCUGUGCACAUGCAACACACCGUGAUGGGUGUGUCUGUGGUUGUGUGCAUGCGUGUGUGUCUGUGGAUGUGUGCAUAUAGGUGUGUGUGAGAUACCUCUACUAUUGAUUGGAGUGAAUAAUAAUAAUAAUGCUUUUUACAAAUGGAGCCAUUCGUUUACAGUUGAUAAAUACUGUAGAUCCGGGGUAAAAGCACAUUUUUACUGUAAAAAAUACUUAAAACAUAUUAUAAAAAGCCAAAAUUAACUAGCUUCUAAAAUACAAUUUAGCAAAGUAGAAUAUGAUCUUAGUAAAUGGCCUUCUAGUCAAUUUAUGUGUUAUUUUAUAUACUCGCAAAUGUUCAUUACGGAGCACAUUUAAAGGUAUUGUACUAGUUAUAUUAUCGUAUGAGCUCUUAAAGAGCUACAGUAAGUGAAGUGACCAAAAGCCCAUUUAGUGUUAUUGGGUCCCAUUUGAAAGAGCUUCUGGUAUUCGCCGAUAUGCUAAUGACAAUUUAAGAAUAAGACCAUAACAGAGAUAAAGUUUGAACGGCCGGGGUGAAGAAAUAAUCUUGUUUUGUUAACCUAUUUAAUUGGAAAGAUAUUGAUGUCCACCCUUUGAGUAAAGGGAACAUGAGGACAGCAGAGAGUGUGUGUGUGUGUGUGUGUGUGUGUGUGUGUGUGUGUGUGUGUGUGUGUGUGUGUGUGUGUGUGUGUGUGUGUGUCCCUGUGUUAGGCAAAGGGCCUCUUCGACCCGAGUAAAGAGGAAAUGGAUGCUUAGCAAAUGCUCCACCAGCAUCCUUAUCACUGCUGCUCUCAGAGCUGACCACAACAGCUCCUUAAUAACGUACACAAAACACAGUCGUUUCUAUUUGUGCACUCACUCAGCCUCCCAGUGUGUUGCCACAGAUAGCGCUAAUGCACAAAAUAAUGUGCACUAAUCCAGGAGACUUGUUCAUUUCUGUUAACGCAGUCAUUUAUCAUCUGAUUAAAAGACGGAGAGAGCGAGAGAGAGGUGAUGCAGCCCACACAUAAAGAGAGACAAAGCCAAACUAAAGGACGUAAUAUUGUAAGUUUCUGUCUUUCUCAGCAUGUUGUGAUGCGGAAUAAAAGAGAACAGUGAUUGACACAAGUGGAGGUCUGCUGGCUGACAGUGAGGGUCUAAAACACAGAGAUGUGGAGGAUGUUCUCCAUACAAAGCUUUCUGCCUCCCUGGCUUCCAUCCCGAGUGCAGACAACAGGCGUCUUCAUUUUCCAACUCAAUUUACAGGCGCAUUAGGAGACGCUGAAGCGCGCCCAACUCUCUCAAAUGCAAUCAGCCUGCUUGUGUGUUUCAAGAGGAAACUGGAGGGUGCCAUCUUCAUCGACUUUCCUUUUGGCUCCUCCUCUUCUGUUGACUCGUCUUUCUCCCUGAAAUCAUUUCUAAACGUAAACGGCUGCAUAUGGAUUUUUUUUUUCAUGCUGAUUUGUCUCCCUUUUUAGGCUGAGGACACUUGUAAGGACUCGUCUCAUAAACAUUUAGAUAGAUUUCCCGAGGUGAGUUCAACAUAUGACUGAUGACUUUGUCCACCUGGUCUAUACACACUAUAUUGCAAAAUUAGCAUGUUCUCCAAGUAUGUGCAAUUUAAUUAAUACAUUUAAGGCCUAAUAUCUCAUAUUUUCAACCCACAAUGCAAGUUUUACAGAUUAUUCAUGUUCUAUCAAAGUGACUGAUGGCGUAAUGUGAAAUGAAUUAAUGGCAAAACUUGACAUAAAUUAAAAUAAAAAGAUGAAAUAAUGCCAAAAAAAAUUAAGCAUUUUUACACAAUGUUAAUUGGGACAACAGCAGUGCCUGUUAUAUUUUCUUAUAUUUAAAUUUUCUUUUUAAUGAUCACAGAGUUUAAUGCAGCCUAUAUUAACAGGAUUGAUACAAUAGUUCCUUUUCUCUCUCUCUCUCUCUUCCUCUCUCUUGCUCUCUCUCUCCGUAAUUGAUUUCACACCUUUGAGCCUCACAAUAGUUCCCUGAGUGCACUUAUGGGAGGGAUUCAGGACAAAGUCAGCUUGAGAGGUACAUCCGUGCAGCACACAACAGCUGCCUACAAUCCUGCACUGCUACUGUCCUGUUUGACCCUCAGCUAAGCACAUGUCUGAUUGAGAGCACGGGAUAAAAAACUAACUGUGGAGAGAGAAGCAGGACAAAGGAUGGGGGCUGGGAAUGGAAGCGAGGAGAUGAGGAGAUGGGAAAGAGCAGGUAAAAAAAAAGCUAGGUAUUAGGAAAAGAGACAUUUUAAAAAAGAUGGCAUUCACUAUUAUACUCUCCUUUUUGCUUUCUUUCAAUUCCUUCAUUCGCUCAGAAAUGUCACGGCUCAUUCAUCCUCUCUUUCACCCUUCAUUUCUCUCCGUAUCACUCCAUUUCUUGAACCAGCUGUUCACUCAUCUGUUUCACUUUUGAUCUCGAUUCAGAUUUCUUCCAUUGUAUUCCUUCUCUACCUGCUUAUCAUUUUCCUCCUCCCUCAUAUCCUUCAAUAAGACAUGUAUGUCAGCGGAUUGAUGUCUCACACACACACACACACACACACACACAUACACACACACACAGCUCCAGUAUUGAUUAUUCUCCACACCGAUCACACGUAGACGCACAGAACAUUAUUCAUAUGCAUGACUUCUGCGGAUCUCUUUUUUCCUUUGGAUCCAUAGCGUUCAGGUGGAGGAGGUCUCCACGAGCAUGUGGACGUUAUCUUGAAACGAAAGGCUGGCUGCCAUAGCAACCAUAUGAUGAGGCAGGCAGAGGGCUAUUUAAAGGAAUUCAGCUGCUGCUUCACACCGGUCCAGAGAAAGACAAUGAAGGAGAUGUGCACGCAGAGAAAUGUAGAUCCUAUGAGCUAAUGUCUGGUACAAAGACUUGGUUAUAAAAAGGACUACAAUAAACGAUCUUUUCUCUCUUAGGAGUCUGAACAUUUAUAUCAUUUGCCUUGAUUCCUAAUUUACAAUCUCCUACGCAUGAAAUUCAGGUUUUUGCUAUUUUGCCCGCCGCUCAUUAGUAUUCAUGCUUGUGCCGCUGCCAGUUACAUCAAUCUGAUUUAAAUGCGGCAUUUGCAUUUAACAACACAGCUAAACACGUGAAUGCUCCAUCUCGUAAGUUUCGGUGAGAACAUUUUAAAAUUGCAACAACGCAGCCAAAGCUCUGCUUGCACAAUAGUGGAUUUAUCUUAAACGGCGAUGUGCUUAUGCUUGAGUUAUCUGCAGAAGGGGCCACUGCAAUGUAAUGUCUCACAUUAUUCAUAAAAAAACAUACCUUUUCUCUAGAGAGGCAUUUCUCAGUGGACAGCAACACAUGGGGGGGGGGGGGGGACGAGUGUGAGGAAGAGCAACUGCUGUGCACCUACAGUGCCUCGCAUGCCAAACAGAGAGGCGGAGCGAAUAAAGGGAAGCAGCACGUCUUUUAUACACAUAUUUCUCUGUCUUGAUAUUUAUUUCCCAUCAGCUACUGAGAGGGUUGCUGUGCUUUAACCCCCCCCCCCUCCAUGUGUCUCUGUGAACAGUUAACUCUGUUGAUGAAAGGCAGCGCUUCAUUUCUAUUCUUUUCACCUAAUAACCACCACAAGAAUGCUGUUUCGAACACAGUGUUCAGGUUGUAGAGGUUCGCUUUCUCCCAGUCAACAAAUUAAGACAGAAAAGAUUUCCUGUGUAAUGACACAUUUAGUUUGUACUGCUAGUCUGACAGGCGUUUGGACAUAAACUUUAAACAACACCCUUUACUGUAGAGCUGAGACGACUAGCCCAUACAUUGAUGUCAAUUGACAGGAAAUGAAUCAGCUGUUCACUACUUUGAUGAUCGAUUCAUCCUUUUAUUAAUUUGUCAAGCAACUUCUAGCUUCUCAAAUUUGCUUUUCUGUGUCUUUUGUGAUAUUUUCUCUAUUUUCCAACAUUGUAGAUACUAAAUAUGUAAUUGAUCAUAAAUAUUUAAUUGAGAAAAUACAAUAAAAGAAUAACAAACAAUGAUAAUAGCUGUUGGUUGGAGCCGUCAACAGACUUCUGGCGGUUGUCCCAGAACAAGACACUGAACCCUGAAACCAUUUGUAGGAAUCUACCUCACUGGUCUGUGCUCGCAGGGCUCACAUUUGAUUUUUCCUCUCCUAUAAAAAUUUUUAUGUCGGUUUUAUAUCAUGCUGAUAUUCUACAACGUUUUAAUUUGAAGUGCACGGUUAUUGGUGAAACAGCCGGUGUAAUUUUAUCCCUCAGUUGAGCCCAGCGUGCUAUUCCAACGCCUGUGAGAGCAGUCGGGAAGAUUUAAAGUGCUUCACGGAAGCAAAAUUAUCAGUGACCUCUCUCGUAACACUCCCUCUGCUCUUCACUCCGCUCUUUAUCUCAUUCUAAUCCCAACUCAUUUCAUAUGCUAAGUAAAAGCUUAUAUUCCUCUUCACUCUACGUACACACACACACACACACACAUCCCUCGUUGCUGGGGUGUGAUUAUAAAAUUUGCAUAGAGGAUGUUGUGGGAGCUGUGGAGCUGAAGCCAGGGUGGUGUAAUGCCUGUCAGGUGUAGAGAGGUGGAGCAGACACUCUCGUCUGGUCUUUUUAUGACGAGAGCUCAGCGAGAGGAGCCCAGAGAAAGUUCCCUCACGUCUCACCUCUAAUGGUUUCCUCUCAAUCUAAUUUGCAUGUUCUGCUUGUUUCCCGUUGUCACAGAUGUAGGGAAGAUUAGGAGAAAGAGAGAGAAGAGUGAGAUGACUCUACCACCCCAGGAGGGAGAGGAGGAGGGAGGACGCAUUGAGAUGGAACCACUUCUCUGCUCACCAGUGGAAGAACCUCUUCCACCAUCAGAGCGCCAUCUGCUGGCUCGGUGGGGCGGGACAGCUGGUGUUGUGAAUCAGGCCGCCGCAACCAGGGAACGGCUACUUCCCAACACCAGGGUCUCACCCUCACCCCUCUCACCAGGGUCUCACCCUCUCACCUCACACCAGGGUCUCACCCUCACCCCUCUCACCAGGGUCUCACCCUCUCACCUCGGUCUUCAAGGAGUCAGUCAGCGUGUGUUUCAAACUGGUGCUUUAUACUCUCUUGUGUUGUACUCUCAAUCACUUGUGACACGAGGACUUUGUCCAGAUCUAUGUGAGGUAUAUUUCCUUUGCAUCACAUCCCCUCAAAUUAGGAAUCAGAAGGAAAAAGUACAACAAACCGCAAAUAUCUCAAAUAAAAAUGUAAAACUAUUUAUCACAGAACACACAUGAAUAUUUACAUGAUUUACAAUUAAAACUGUAUUUUUCCCAAAUAAAUGAAUUAAAUGUGCAUUUAAAAAACACGACUGUGGUUUUGUCUUUUAAUAAAAAAUACUGUAACUGUUGAAGGUUGAUGCUGUGUUUCUGAUAACGUCUCCUUACUGAGUUGCCUUAGCAUACACUAUAUACACUAUAUUGUAUUGAGAUAUGUUUUACUCUGAACACAAAGCAGAAUGGAAAAUAUUCUCUUUCAUGUUUUAGGCAUCUACUUCAUUUGAGUAUUUUAAUGCAAAGGCAAAUGAUUACCUGAAUGUGUAUAAACAUUUAUUUUUAGCUCUCUGCAUGAACAGCUGUGUGCUCAGACCAAACUAUGCUGAUCACCUCUAGUCGCUUCAGGAUUAAAAUGUAUUUAUUCACUUUGUCCAGUAGAUCGUUAUCCCAGGAUCACUCUUUUGCUAAUUACAUUUCCUGUGCGUCCACAUUCCUACACCAAAUACUUAUCAAAUACUUUGCCCCCUGCCCAGUGUGUGCAAUGGUCAGUAUUCACAUCUGAGUAAUCACACACAAAGCUGAUGUAAAAUAAACCAUGAUAUAUAUAUUUUUUCAGUGAAAUGUUAUUUUUAGUUCAGUUCUAUGUCAAUUUAUGGUUGUAGUUUUACAUUAUUUAGAUUAUGCCUUGUUUUUUAUUUAUUUAUCUCGUAAUUCAUUUAUUUACUCCUUUUUUUUGGUCAUGAUUUCUUAAUUUAAUUCACUUUGUCAGAUUAGUGGAAAACGAGAAUAAUCUAAAUCAUAUAUUCUUGGCUAAUAUGUAUCAGGUUGCGAAUAAAAACAAAGUAUUUACAUAUUUAAAUAUGAAGGCAAAGGUGUAUGCUUAAUUGACACCUUGCGCAUGCGCAGACUGGCCGGCACACCUUAGCGCCAUGCCAACUUGUAGUUCAUAAAUGUGAGCGGAAGGGAAAGACGGACGCUAGGGACGGGGUUUAGAUUAGACGACGUCACGCAGUGAGAAGUUUAGAACUUUUUAAAAAUAGUAACCACUGGUUACUAACCAGGUUAAGAAAGUAUUAUUUUGCAGCUUUCCAUAGCCAUUUGUUUUAAUUAACUGUUAGCAUGUUACCGUCUUCUAGCAGGGUUAAACUAAACCGAGUCGCGUUAAAAGAUGUCGUUGGGCUAAAUGUGGAGCCGCGGCGGAGACGACGACUCCCGAACUCGGUGAAUAAUAAUGAGUCCAAAAAAACCCGAGAGGAACCCAAAGUGGUGUCGCACGAACCCGUCCAAACGGCUUUAACUGGCCCAGAAAAUGUGACCGGUACGACCGGUACGAACAGCCCCGGAGGAGGAGAGCCGUUGGAGAGUCGCGUAGGUACGCAGAGGCCAAACCGGAUAAAUAACGGCCGGUAUAGCGUGCAGGUUAAGCACGAGGGGCCGUGCACGAGGGGCAAGUAUCAACGGAGCAAACCGAACACGAGGAGCCAGGGCGUUUUGUUGCACGGCCUCGGAAAGAUCUGCGAGCUCAGGUUCACUUGGUGCUUCUGCACCGCUGCUGCACACGGCGCAUCGUAUAAACGACGGGUCAAACCGAGGGCCAAAAUGUCAAAAAUGGAGGCUACAAGGCGCCAGACUCCUCUCGAGCUUAACGCGAGUGUGGGCACAUCUAGUUGUGGACGCGGUAAAUCCAAACAAGUGGGUGUUAAUCGUAAAACGCGUGUGACUAUGGGUAAAAUCAAAGCGAAGGCCAGGUCCACCGGGUGUCACGUGGUGUCCACUGGGUGUCCUCCACGAGCGCAAACGAAAACGCGGUCGAUAUCCACCGGACUGUCAAAAGUUGAUAGAAACGCACACCCGAGCCCCACUGGACUCGCUGGUUCAGAGGGCUCUUUGAGAAGAGCUGUCGGAGCCUCCGGCUGUGGUCUCUGUGGUGACUGUAAACACGUUUCCCCACCUCAGAAGACAUCGGGCAAACAGGGGCCACAAAGCAGUAGCCCAGGGCCAGAGCGGCCCACAGUUGAGGUUAAGAGCAAGAGGGAAAUCACGGCCACUGAGACCUCUAAGAAGAUUAUCGCACGGAUAGACCGGUACCCGAAGGUGAUGCUAUGCGACGUAGCUCAAAAAUGUGCUGCUUUUAGUCCCGAUUGUGGCUACAUGUUACCGGAUGUGCUCAAGACCAAGGUCGUGUGUUGCUUCAAGCAGGAGAUGAGAAUUGCGGUUCAGUUCGGGCCGGGUUGUUUCGGGCACCGCAAAAAAGAGGAAAGCGCUCUACCUCGAAAGGGCGAGUUUUUUCCCAGAGUUCAGUCUGAGAAGAGCGUCCGUCGCUCUCGGGGUCUGACCGGACGCCUGAGAGAGCGUGCAGAUGUAUGGACAUUAUCCAGUCGUUUCCUCGAGAGCUGCACUAGUGAAAGCUCUGGGAUCUGUUCUGCUUCUCUCUCACUAGGUGAACGUAAGAAAAAGGUGGUGGAGUGCGGGACUGGCAUGUGGGACAGAGGUGUUGAGGAGGAUCCGGGGCCAUUAUAUCGCCAGACAGGAGCAGAGAUUCACAGAGACAAGAGGAUAAAGCUUGGGGAUCGUGUCCAAGAUGGGAUUUUGCCAUCCGCUCCGGAUUUAGAGAGCAACGGCUGCAGAGACCCAGCGAAAACUGACUCUGGAGACAAAGAGAAAACCUGCCUUUUGACGUCUGAUGACAGUCAGUCUUGUUUAGAGCACGCGUGUGUGGGCAGCAGCUCUUCUGGUUCGGCUGUGACGGGAAACUGUGUCCACGAGAAACCUCGUGGUGAGGUUGAGAAUCCCACAGAAACUGACGCAGCACAGAUGUCAUCAGAAGGGUCGUGUCAGGGGAACGAGGGGGAUGAACUAGAAUCAUUCACCUGCCAGAGAGUGAGGGUCUAUUUAAGACGAAUAAAAUGUACGUGUGCUCGCACUUACAUGGCCUGGCCCUUCUCCAACAGCGGCUGCACACGUAGAGUACAUGCUGGCCCUAUAGACCCGCCAGCUGGAGAUAACAGAGACUCCCCAUUGGAUAAAAAUGAGCCGGGCUCAUCCAGCGACCGAGCCAGUGACGGGCUCCCAGGUGCACCGUCAGCCCACCAGGUUCGUCGUCGGGAUGAAGAGAGGCGAGACAAGGAUGGAGAAAGCGGUUCGGAAGAGAGAAACGGGAGAAGACAUGGUGAUGUGUCUUCGUACGCUGUGGAAGCAGAAGUGUCAUUAGCCCGUCUUCACUCGGAUGCGUCGGCCACCCUUUCCAACCCAAGUCGGUGUGGGAGAGAGCGCGUCACAGCCUCAUCUUUGCUGGUUAACGGACCUGAAGCCGACACGUCUACCCCUUCCCCCUCGGCUCUCGGUCUUAGCGACUGUGAAACCGCCACUACUUUGUCUCCCAUGUCGUCUCCAUUUACGCACGAUGGUUCGAGCAGCCUCUCUGCCACACCGUCCUCUCUCCCACCGUCAGCGGUCCCACUCAAGACAGUCGAAGGUGUCGAGUUGGCUGAUUCUGCAAGUGUACCACUAACGCCCUUUUCACCCGAAUGUACGGUCGAAACUGUAGAGGAAACGUUGUUCUACUGUGAAGAAACCCGAAGGAUGUUGUGGACUUCAUCCUCUGCUCCUCACAACUCUGACUCCUCAUGCGAGUCGUACCCCCUCCUCCCUCAACACGAGCAAGAGAUUGAGGACAUAUGUUCACCAUCUGAUACUAGGCCCUUCAACCACGUGGUUGUCAAAGACGGAUUGUUGCGCAACAUCCUUGCGGAGAAGUGUGUAGAAACGGACUCCAAUGAGUUUUUGCUUCCUCCAGUGCUCUCUCCUGUCACCUCACCACGAGGGCCCUCAGGGACACGCCUCCUGCUUCAAAGACCAGGCUGUUCAGAUGAUGAUGAAGAGGAGGAGGAGGAGGAAAUAAACAAAGACUCUACGGAUUAUCCUGAAUAUGGUAGUGAAGAAUUGGAAGGAGUCUCUGAAACUUUAAGUGAACCUCAGUCUUCUCCAGGCAACGAUGAAGACGAUGUGGAACAGGGUAACAAAAUAUCUGAACAAGUUCCCUCCGACCCUAAACUAGAGGCGGCCCUCGCCUCAGGUGCGCUGACAGAACCCUGCUCUUCUCCCAGCAGUGAUGAAGAUGACGGCGGGGCCUUCAGUAUAGUGUGCAGUGAAAGGGGUGAAACUCGUGCAGAGGCCGCUGGCGAUCUUCAGCACAGCGUUUUGGAUGAGUUCACCGCUUACGAACAGGAUAUCCUGCUUGUUGACGUGGUCCAGGAGGAUCCAGAGCUGUUUGAAAACCUGCCCCGGGGAAGUCUGCUGAAACUGGGCCUCACCAGGGCCACCAAGGCCCCUGAAGCCAGACCUGUGGGAGUGGUGAAAACGCCGUCGUCGAGGAUAGCCAGAGCAUCACUGGAGUUGAAGCAAAGAUGGACGCCAGUUAAUGGUGAUUUUCACUUGGAUAUUCCUGAUAUCAAAGAGGAGAGUUCCAGCAGAUCAUGGAGACCUCAGUGUGGCGGCAGCACCCCUCCCAAAACACAAAGCAACACAUGGCCCGCUGCAGAAAUAAAAGUCCAGGAUGAAAAGAAACCGGAACGUCCGCUCACCGUAGUCAUGGAUGAAUGUCAGCCGGAUGCCAACAACAAUCAUGUCAACGGAGUCCUGGAGAGGAGCCAGACCAUCCCUACCAUGAACUCUCUGCAUAGUCACAUCCCUCCACUUAUGUCCGCCAGAACUGGGCCUUUGAUCACAACCACAGCAAACAUGACGGAGUUCAGGCGUCAGAAAUCAAAUACUUACUGCAGGCAGUACUUCAGUGAGUCUCUGUCCUGUGCGUUCAAGAUGUGUCGCUUCCAGCAUGUUCCGGUGGAGGGAGACGAGAAGUUUUGCGUUGAAACUGUGACACGCUUCACCAAAAAUCCAAUGUGCCUUCAAAAGGCAGGAGCCGUGUUUACAGGCUACUACCAGAGCAGCCCACCAGGAGUGUACUUCUCCAUGCCGGUGCUCCUGUCUCUCCUCUGGGCUCUGCUGAAGGCCGGCAUGGUGUCCGACGUCUUCUCGGUCCUCAGCGUCGGCUUGGCCCACAGGAUCGUGCCUGGCCAUGAGUUCCUGUUGGCGCUCUUCAACAUCGUGAGAGAAAAGGGUCUCAUGGGUGUUGUACCUGAACUCAUGCAGCUCACAUUCAAGAUGGUCAGUGCAGGUCUAGUGCUGAGUCUGGACUGCCUUGACUGUGUUAAAAACACCCCUGAGUUCCAGCAGACAGUCGGUACAAACUCCCUUGUUUUAGUGUCCGGUAACCACAAUUUAUCCACCGGUGCACCUCUUCCAGAAUACCUGAAUCUGACCCAUUCCAUCGUAGAAAUAGAGCUUUGUGCCAAGCAGGAGGACUGGAGGCGGAUGGGCGAGGUGUUCAGGUCCAUCUGUCAGUCCAGCCAGUAUCCCAACCAGGUGGGGAGGAUCAGCGGCCGCAUCACCAUCGCGCUGCUGUCUGAGAGCAAAGACAGGCUGUCGCUGCCCUUUGCUGCCUUCGCUGAGACGGUGUGUCAGAGCGAAGGUGUCGACGGCCUGAUCAGGAGUUCUUUUGGCCGAAUCGGAGUCUCUCUCAUGUUGAGAUACCACAAAACGCAUCAGUGGGCCAAGGGUCGGAGGGUGGUGGAGGUGCUGUCCUUUUCCAAAGUGAACUACUCGACACUGAAGGGCUUGUUUGGGAACGAGGAUGGAGCGUCCCGCUGCUACCUGGUCACCGUGGCCACGGAGCUCUUCCUCCUGAGUGGCAGCCUGGAGGGAGCGCUGAACACACUCCGAGAAAACAAAUGGUUCCUGAGUUCGUGCUCGUGGCCGUGUGAGCCGGCUGAUCUGGAGAGUCGGACUCGUGUGUUGAUGCGUCUGGCUGAGAAAACGUCUCACAGAGACACACUGGAGGUCCUCCGCAACCUCCCCGGACUCAAAGAGCCAAACGACGUGGUGGAUAUCUACAGGUAUGGUUCUCUGUUCAACUCUCACCUGCGAGUGUGCGUGGACAGACAGAUGCUUCCUGUGGCUUCGGACGCAGUGGACUUCAUGCUCUCUAGAAAGCUGCCGGUGGACCACGCUCUGCUGCAGAUGCUUUUGCACAAACUGGUCAAGCAGAACCUGUGGCUCCGGGCACGGGAAGUCUUCAGGCACUCUCUGGGUACCGGCUACUACCCGGGUGUGUCGUCUCCUCCUGGUUUCAUGGCCCUGAUCGUCCCCUGUCGACUGGGGGAGGUGGAGCUGGCUCUCACCCUGGAGAUGUUCAUCACUGUCAACGCAACGGACAUCUUCCACCUUUCAGAACCCUCCACUUCCUGCCUCAGCAUCACUCUCAAAAGGACUCAAAGCUGCGAGAGCGAGUACCUCGCUGCCGCCAGCCGCAUCCUCUCUGCAGCUUGCAUCCCUCAGCCCAAACUCAUCGUUCACUACACGGCGGUGAACUCGUCGCAGGAUCAAGUGUUCACGCUGGACGUUCCCUCUGCCCGCUGCUGGCUCCGCCACAAUCAUCUGUGGGCCAACGAGGUGUGGACGCACUGAUUUAAAGCGCUUCUUCCCCCCCCACACUUCCUGGAAGUACUUAACUUUCCUUUGCCUUGAAACUGCUUCAUGUUCCAGAGACAUCAGUUCACUCUGGGGGGAAAAAACAGCCGAGGAAAUCAGGAAAACCAACGCAUGUGCAUUUGUGUUUAGCCUUCGACCAGGAAGCAGAGAGUCAACCAAAGACUGACGCCACAACUUUUUACAAUUUUAUUUUUAUUUUUUACAAGGAUAAUAACUUGUUUUUGUUCUGAUUUGAUUUUGUUAAUUGUUUCCUGAAGAGUUCUUUUAGCUAAUUAGUCUUUGAUUAAUGUCACUCACUGAGAACAAUAAGUGUUAGUCCAGCAUCAUUUUGUUACAAGUAUUAGAUUUAGUUUAUAACAACAAUGUAAAUAACAUCGGAGUGUAUAUUGGUGUCUAUUUUUAAUGAUGUUGUCUUUGACAGUAUUAUGUUGCUGUAUUAUUUUACUGAUUGUCAAAACCUCAAUUGUUGCUUGUUCAAGAGCUGUGAUUUUCAUUUUCUUUGAUGUUUUUUAUUUAAAAAAAAAAAAGA